UGAAGUCUCACGAGCCUCUACUGACGUUAGUAGUUGCAAACCGUAACGAACCGUCUCUCUAUUAUUAACCAGACAGGGACUGGUUAACAGAAAGACAAACUGGUUUCACAUAAAGAACCGCUAUAUCCCUGGUAGGCCCAUGCUAGGCUAACAUGAAGGUAACUCGUUGAGUUAGAAUAAAGUCCAUGUUGAUAUCAAGAGAUUCUGUUAAACCUCAUUCUGACACCAUGAAGACCAACUGAUCCAGAUACUAGUACAGAUACUAGUACUGAUACUAGUAGAACAACAUGAAGACCAACAGAUCCUACAAACUGGUGGUCCACAAGAAGGGCUUCGGCGGCAGCGAUGAUGAGUUGGUGGUCAACCCAAAGGUUUUCCCUCAAGUCAGUCUGGGAGACAUCAUUGAGAUCGCCCAUCCCACCGAUGAAUACAGUCCUCUCCUGCUGCAGGUGAAGAGCCUGAAAGAAGACCUUCAGAAAGAGACCAUCAGUGUAGACCAGACAGUGGCCCAGGCCUUCAAACUACGGGCGUACCAGGAUGUGAUCGUCAACAUCGUGGACCCCAAGGAGGCCACUCUGGACCUGGUGGAGCUCACCUUCAAAGACCAGUACAUCGGCCGAGGAGACAUGUGGAGGUUGAAGAAGAGUCUGGUCAGCACCUGUGCCUACAUCACCCAGAAGGUGGAGUUUGCAGGAAUCAGGGCCCAGGCCAGUGAGCUGUGGGUGCGAGGAGAGAAGGUGUCCUGUGGCUACAUCAGUGAAAACACCAGGGUGGUGUUCCGCUCCACCUCAGCCAUGGUCUACAUCUUCAUCCAGAUGAGCAGUGAGAUGUGGGACUUUGACAUUUACGGGGACCUAUACUUUGAAAAGGCUGUCAAUGGCUUCCUGUCCGACCUCUUUGCCAAGUGGAAGGAGAAGAACUGCAGCCAUGAGGUGACGGUGGUCCUGUUCUCACGGACCUUCUACACCGCGAAGAGCAUAGAGGAGUUCCCCGAGGUCCUGAGAGGCUCCAUCAGACAGGACCACGAGGGGCGCUUCUAUGAAGACUUCUACAGGGUGGUGGCCCAGAACGAGCGGCGUGACGAGUGGACGUCUCUGCUGGUGACCAUCAAGAAGCUCUUCAUCCAGUACCCGGUGCUGGUCCGGCUGGAGGAGACAGAUGGAUUCCCCACGGGGCAGAACUCCACCGCAGCCCAGGGAAACUACCUGGAGGCCAUCAACCUCUCCUUCAAUGUGUUUGAUAAGCACUACAUGAACCGUAACUUCGAUCGAACGGGUCAGAUGGCGGUGGUGAUCACCCCGGGGGUGGGCGUGUUCCAGGUGGACCGCCUCCUCAUGAUCCUCACCAAGCAGCGCAUGAUUGACAACGGUAUCGGGGUGGACCUGGUGUGUAUGGGGGAGCAGCCCCUCCACGCGGUCCCGCUCUUCAAGCUUCACAACAAGCCGAUCCCUGGAGACUCUCGAGUUGGAGACGACUACAACCUCCCCCACUGGAUCAACCACAGUUUCUACACGUCUAAGAGCCAGAGCUCCUGCUGCUCCUUCACCCCCAGGAUCAAACUAGCAGGACGCAAGCUCCACGCGGAGAAGUUCAGGAGCAACAAAGACCACGCCCUGUGCGCUCCGAGGGACUCUGAGAACAGCCUGCCCAUCCAGGUGGACUAUGAUGCCCAUGAUGCACUGGUGUUCAGGCUGCCUGGGCCCUCCAGGGCCCAGAGGAGCAGCAACUUCAGGGUGGGUCGGGAGAGGGAGGUGAGUGGGAGGAGGAGCUGGGGGUCUGCGGAGGUGGGUAGUGGUCCCGGGGCCUCCCCCCCAGUGCGUGGCGGGGGGCAGGAGGAGCUGCGCAGCCUGGCCUCCAGCGACAGCCUAGGGCCGGUGUCCAGCGUCCUGCUCAUCCCCCGCCACCCCACCGUCCAGUACGAGGUCAGCAGCUCCCUGGGCUACACCAGCACACGAGAGCUGCUGGAGAAGAUGAUGGACUCCCAGCGGGACUCUAGCGCCCCGGGCCGCUUCACGGUGGGCAGCGCUGAGUCCACACUGCACAUCCGGCCGGGGGGCUACACCCCCCAGCGCGCCCUCAUCAACCCCUUCGCCCCCUCCCGCAUGCCCAUGAAGCUCACCUCCAACCGCCGCCGCUGGAUGCACACCUUCCCCGUUGGACCGUCUGGCGAGGCGAUCCAGAUCCACCACCAGACCAGACAGAACAUGGAGGAGCUGCAGGGCAGCCAGCAGGCCGACCCCGCCCACACCUCCGCGGAGCUGCUGGAGCUGGCCUAUCACGAGGCCACCGGGAGGCGGUUCCGACAGGCUGGGGAGAACGGGCUGAGAGGAGGAGGAGGGGUGGAGGAGUCCAAUGGAGGCCUCAACAGGAGCAGCAACAGAACUGGGAAGACGGAGACUCAGGGCUCCUCCCCUGACCACACCCCUCCAGGGGUGGACCCAAUCCUGCAGCUGUCUGCCCCCCCCUCAGUGCCCAGGUUCUGCUGCACGGUGGGCGUGGACUGGAAGUCUCUGACCACGCCCGCCUGCCUGCCCCUCACCACCGACUACUUCCCCGAGCGGCCUGCCCUGCAGAACGACUACACCCAGGGCUGCUACGACUUGCUGCCCCCCAGCGACCUGGAGAGGCGUGAGGACGAGGGUCCGGUGAUGAGCGCCCCCCAGGUGUUUGAGGAGUUCAUCUGCCAGCGCCUGAUGCAGGGCUACCAGAUUAUCGUCCAAUCACACGCCAAGAAGACCCAGGCUACCAUGGCAACGCCCCUGGGCAGCAGCCCCCUGUACUCCCGUGGUCUGGUGUCUCUACGGGCAGCAGAGGAGGAGGAGACCCUGUACUGGCUGAGCAUGGGAAGAACCUUCCACAAGGUGUGUCUGAAGGACAAGAUCAUCACUGUCACGCGCUACCUGCCCAAGUACCCCUACGAGUCGGCCCAGAUCCAGUACUCCUACAGCCUCUGCCCCCCCCACUGCGAGGCGUCCUUCAGGUCCUGCUGGGUGGAGUUCUGCCACGAGCGGCUGGAGCAGUACAAGUGGAAUUACCUGGACCAGUACAUCUGCUCCGCCGGCUCCGAGGACUUCAGCCUCAUCGACUCCCUGAAAUUCUGGAGGACGCGCUUCCUGCUGCUGCCGGCGGGCGGGGCGCGCCGCGUUGCCGACGGCGAUGGCCACUGGGACGUGUACGGGGAGGGGGUGGGGGGCGGCGCUGGGGACUGGGUCAUGCUGGACGGCUUCAUCCGCUUCCUGGAGGGGCUGAACCGCAUCCGCCGUCGCCACCGCUCCGACCGCAUCAUCAGGAAAAGCACCACCAUGAAAGGCCACCAGGGGGCCGCCCCCCCCCACUACCAGCCAGAGCCAGCAGCGCCCCCCGCAGGCAAGAAGGGGACCUCGGCCCUAACUGCCCUGAUGGUGCUGGAGCACACCCACAAGACUCUGGAGGAGCAGCAGGGGGGGAAGUCCUCCGCUGGGCCAAGUGAGGCCCCCGGCACCCUGACUGCCCCGCCCUAUGUGGACAGCCCACGCAAGGACGCUGCGUUCAUUUUGGAUUUUAUCCGCAGUCCUCGUAGCUCGUACCUCUAUCAGGCUCAGCCGGCGGAGGCAGCGGACGGAGCAGCACCGCCCACCACCACCACCGGGGGCGCCGCGGUGCAGGGAGUUGGAGACCCUGCAGCCGGCAGCACCAUAGACAGCGGUCCCUCUGGACCAGGAGGCUUUUCUCUCUCCUCCUCCUCCACUCUGAUGGACAUCCUGGAGGCCCUCACACACCCCACGACGGGGGUGCAGCUCCUACCAGAGCAGAAGGGUCUGCCCAGAAGCUGCUUCAUCAGUGCCGAGGUCACCCAUUGGCUGGUGAACAAUGUGGAGGGCGUGGCCACGCACAUCAUGGCCGUGGAGAUAAUGCAGAAGAUGCUGGAGGACGGUCUGAUCGCUCACGCGUCUGGAGACGCCAUGAGGACCUUCAUCUACGGCUCCUACUUCUACUGCGUGGUGGAGAAGGAUGGCCCCUCCCAGCCCCCCGCGGCCCCCGGUUCGGCGGCGGCGGCGGUGGAGGACUUUGCGGCGUUCCAGAGGAAGUGGUUCGAGGUGGCCUUCCUGCUGGAGGAGCGCCGUGCCUGUGACCUUCCCGCCUUCCUGUUGCCAUGGCUCCCCAGCCGCCCCGCCUCCUACGCCAGCAGACACAGCUCCUUCAGCCGCAGCUUCGGAGGACGCAGCCAGGCCACCACCCUGCUAGCGGCUACGGUCCCAGACCAGAAGACGGUGACUUUGGACGUUGACAUCAACAACCGUAGCGAGCGCAGUGAGUGGUGCAGCUGUUAUUACCACGGCAACUUCUCCCUCAACACGGCCUUUGAGGUCAAGCUGCACUGGAUGGCCGUCACCUCGGCCGUGCUCUUUGAGAUGGUCCAGGGCUGGCACCGUAAGGCCGCCUCCUGUGGGUUCCUGCUGGUCCCGGUGCUGGAGGUCCCGUUCGCCCUCACCUCCUCGCUCUACGGAGACCCCCUCAGGGGACAGCUCUUCAUCCCCCUCCACACACACUGUCUGCUGCGCAGCCCCACCGACAGCCUCUUCGAAGGCUUUGAGCCGGAGACGUACUGGGAGAGGAUGCAGCUCUUCCAGGAGGCCAUCCUGUACAGGUUCGGCUUCGUCCAGGACCGCGCCUCAGCCUCCACCUUCAACUUCCCCGCAGAGAACAAACCCCAGUACAUCCACGUCACAGGCACGGUGUUCCUCCAGCUGCCCUACUCCAAGAGGAAGUUCCCCUGCGGCCAGCGGCGGCGGAGGAACUCGGCCUCGUCGGGCGGGGGGGGGUUCGGGGGGGAGGAGCCCGGCUUCAACUGGGCCUACAACACCAUGCUGACCAAGGCCUGGAGGACCGGGGCGCUGGGGGACGAGCGCCUCGCCGCACGCCUGCUCAAGGACUUCACCGCCUUCUGCUGCAACCACAACAACCGCCUCAGGGCCUUCUGGGACGCCUGCCUGGACCGCAUGAACGCCAGCGCCCCCUAGGGGCCCACCCUGACUACACCUGUACUGCACCUCCACCUCAACCUCCACCUGCCUGGACCGCAUGAACGCCAGCGCCCCCUAGGGGACGGCCAUCACCGCUGCUUCUGUCAGAGCUCCACCUCCCUGGAGGGGACAGACUACCUUGGUGGAGCAGGUGGUGCAUCUGUAAAUACAACCGAGAGAAACAA